AUGACAAACGCCGACCCGUCCUUGUUCUCGACGACGGCUGCAGCAACCGCCGUCGACUUGGGUUUCGACGAGCAACUUGCUAAACAUCGUCUGGAAUCUGCCAACAAUGACGAUCAAGGAGGCGUACAGGCCAUCUCCGAGGCAGACUUUCUCGCUCGUAUUGCAUCCUUUGAGCGACGGGAGCAGCAAGAGGCCCAGCGAGCGCGUCGGAUGAUGCGUCGGUGGUCAGAGACGACGACGACGACGACGACGACAGACCAGAGAAUCUCGACGAGGAUCAACCGCGCACAGACACAUUUGAACAGUGGAUUCCGCCUGCGAGCUACGACCAAUGGAUCCCGCCUCCUUCUCCCGUCGAGCACAUUUUCAGAUGCGACAGACGCGGAGGUCGACUAUUUCCUAGACCCAUCGUCGGAUAUCGACGCUGAAGAAGACGAGUGGGCAUCGAAUGGGAUCACACUCCCACACCUCGUGUAUGAUCCACGACUCGGAUACUCUCUCUUUGACCACGAGGAGCAUGCACUGGAUGAUGAUGAUGGACUGCCCAUGGACGACGACGAAACCCUGGCCGUCUACCCACCGUUCCACGACCUCUAUCCGAUGCACUCCAUGGCGUACACCUCGACUCUCAACGCCCACCGGCCAAUAUCCUGGCCGGCGACGACGAGCUUGGCUCUCUUUCUCGCUUCGGCUCGCGUCCGCAUUUGGAACCCAUCCAACCACCUCGUUCCACUUCGACCGAUCGUCAUCCUCCUCGUGUGCACUCUGCAACCCGCCGUUAAAACGCCAAAUCCAACUCACGGCGUUUUCGUUUCCCUGGCAUCAUUACCACAGUGCUCGUUCAUUCACGACUUUAUGACACACACUACGACAUCCCCCCCCUGA